AUGACUGUUGGAUGUAUGAUUUUGACAAUGUACCUCCUGUGCCUCUACGUAAUUUUCCAAAGCGAGCUCGUAAAGUCCUCUUGCUACAAAAUCAUGCUCUACCUGGGCUUAAUGGACACUUGUUGCCUAAUUGUCAACUCUCUUAUAACGGGAUAUCUCGGAUUUAUCGGAGCAACUUUCUGCUCUUACCCAAGAUUUAUCUACGUAGCUGGAGCAAUUGGAUGUGGGUGUUGGAUGGGAUCGUGCUCAACUUGCAUUCUGUUAGCAGCCAAUCGAUGUAGUGAUAUUAAUCAUAAUCUUCCAAUCCGGAAAAUGUUCAUCGGGAAGAAUGUCUACAUAACUAUGAUGAUUCCAGCGACGUAUACAAUUUAUGCAAUGUUUUUCACAAAACCAAUAAUUUUUGACUCAAAUUAUAUGAGCUGGUUUUUCAAUCCGAAUUUGGGACUAAACAGCGACCUAUAUGUAAAUGUACCAUAUACCGUCAACAACUGUUGUGUCUCAGUAUGUACGGCAAGUGUCUACGCCUACCUGAGCCUGCUAAUUCACUGGAAAAAUGAGCACGCACAGUCGGAGGCGCUUUCAAAAACACAGAAGCAGGUAUUCAUGCAAUCAAUUAUUAUUUGUACGUGUAAAGCAACAGCUGCAUUUAUCUACGUUUACAUGCAAUUUUUUAAUUCUCCACCUCCCGUCAUCCUGUUUGGCGAGAUCGCGUGGCAGUGUGCACAUGCAUCCGUUUGCGUGGUGUACAUAACUUGGAACAAAACAAUACGCCGAAAAGUUCUGCAUUUGAUAAUCCCAAAUUUGAUAAGAAAUCGAAUGAAAUCGAGAGUGAGAAGCUCAAUCACAUCAGCGCAUCCGAUUAUGAACCUGAUGGCAAAUGAAAUUAUCAAUGCGACAAGAACCAAUAGUGGGACAGCUGUCACUGUUUUUUGAAGUUUUUUAUCUUAGUAUUGUAUUUUUAUAAUGCUAUUAAUAAAGAUUUUUACCAA